CAAUUGUCACUCAAUUGGGUUUGGCCGCAAAUUUGCAUCGAUAGAAAACGAAAAAAAAGUGCAUUUAGUCUAUUUUAGGUGUGCAAUAGUGUCCAAAAUACGCUCAAAAUGACUGGAAGAUUGCCUGCCUGCGUAAUUGAUUGCGGAACGGGAUACACAAAACUGGGUUAUGCUGCCAACAAGGAGCCACAAUUCAUAAUUCCCUCGGCGAUCGCCAUCAAGGAAAAUGCUCGCGUUGGCGACACAAAUACACGUCGAAUGCGUUCCGGCGUCGAAGACUUGGACUUUUUCAUUGGCGACGAAGCGUUCGAUGCCACGGGCUAUGCCGUUAAAUAUCCCGUGCGACACGGCCUCGUCGAAGACUGGGACUUGAUGGAGCGCUUCUUGGAACAAUGUAUCUUCAAAUACUUGCGCGCCGAACCGGAAGACCAUCAUUUCCUGCUGACAGAGCCGCCACUCAACACGCCCGAAAAUCGCGAAUACACUGCCGAAAUUAUGUUCGAGACAUUUAACGUUCCUGGCCUUUAUAUCGCUGUGCAGGCGGUGCUUGCGCUCGCCGCCAGUUGGGCAUCACGUCCCGCCGAAGAACGCACACUCACGGGAAUUGUCGUCGACUCGGGCGACGGUGUGACGCACGUCAUUCCCGUCGCCGAGGGAUACGUGAUCGGAUCGUGCAUCAAACACAUCCCCAUUGCCGGACGCAAUAUCACGUCGUUCAUCCAGAGUUUGUUGCGCGAACGCGAAGUGAUUCCGCCGGAACAGAGCAUGGAGACGGCAAAAGCCAUCAAGGAGCGCUUUUGCUACAUCUGUCCCGACAUCGCCAAGGAAUUUGCCAAAUAUGAUGCCGAGCCGCAAAAGUGGAUUCGGCAGUACGAGGGCAUCAAUUCGAUCACGAAGCAACCCUUCAACGUAGACGUCGGCUACGAACGGUUCCUCGGACCCGAAGUCUUCUUCCAUCCGGAGUUCUCGAAUCCGGACUUUACGCUUCCGUUAUCCGAAAUUGUCGAUAACGUCAUACAGAAUUGUCCAAUUGAUGUGCGUCGUCCGUUGUACAACAACAUUGUACUUAGUGGUGGCUCAACUAUGUUUAAGGAUUUCGGGAGACGCUUGCAGCGCGACAUUAAGCGGUCUGUCGAUGCGCGACUACGAAUUAGCGAAAACUUGAGUGAGGGUAGAAUUAAGCCAAAGCCAAUUGACGUCUCAGUCAUUUCGCAUCACAUGCAACGUUAUGCUGUCUGGUUCGGCGGUAGUAUGUUAGCUUCAACGCCCGAGUUCUACCAAGUUUGUCACACAAAACAGGCUUAUGAGGAAUACGGUCCCGGCAUUUGUCGUCACAAUCCAGUGUUCGGAACAAUGACAUAAGCGAUUUUCACCUGAAAAUGCAGAUUUUUUUCUACCUAACAUCGCACCACAAUCAUCACUCUCUAAAAAAAUUUACAUUCCCAUGAACAUUGAACAGCAAUAAGUAGUUAAAUGAAAUCGUAACUUGUCGAACGUAGGAGAAGCUGCAUUUUUUUGAAAACAAAAAAGUUCACGCGCGCGAACACAAAAUCAGGAAUUUAUUUUUUUAAAUAUUUUUGUAUUGUUUCGUCUUUAUAUAAAAUAAUAUUUGUCGUCGUCAGAUCAGAA